UUUACGUUCAAAAUUUAAAUUUUUUAACUAUACCGUGAGCGAUCAAAAACAAAUCAAUUUAGCAAAAUAAACUAAUAAGAUGAGUCAAAUCAUUAUUAAAGAUGUUAAUGAAAGUUUUACAUUGAAAAAAGUAGAUACUACUGAACUAAAAAAUCAUGAAAGGACUCAUACAGAACGAGAUGGCCAAGAAAAUGACGAUAGUGAUAAUAACAACAUCUAUUCUGAAAACAAGCAUGAAAAAAGCCUAUGUUUUAUCGCUUCCUCUCGACGUGAUGUCUUUUUAAAUCUACGUAAAAGUACUAAGUCUUUGUUUGAAGGAAAUUUAUUUCCAUUAGAGUUUUUAGAAAAACCUGAACUUUUUAUCAAUGAUAAGUUUGCUGAUCUUAUGGAAUUGCUUUUGAAAUUAAAUCAAAAUUUUUCUGAUUCGAAUGAGAUCAAAUUCGAUGCCAUCUUAUUUUUUGAUGAAACUUUCAAGAUUUCAUGCAACAGUAAAAUUGAUGCAACAGUAAAAGAGAGCAUUGAAAGUUAUUUAAAAUCAAGAGAAAAAAAUGAGCAGAUUUCAAUAGAAUUUCUACCGAAUCAAGAAAAUGUACAUGUUGAAAUGGCAGUUUUAGAUCAUUUAGAGGCUCUAGGAUUUGAAAAUGUUAAGCAGAUGGAUAUUUAUAUGGCAACUUCUUUAAAACCUUGUUCACUUUGUUAUAUUACUCUUGAGAACUUUGAAUCUUGCAUGGGGUUGAACUUGUUUUACAGAAUAAAUGAUUGUGAAAUCUUUGUUGAAAAGUGGAAUGACUGGAAGAACCAUUGUCUUGAUUGGCCUGUUCCAGAUUUUUUAAAAAAUUAUGAUAGCCUUUUUGAUAACUUCAAUGAUUAUUUGGAUAGAGAAAUUUUGAAACCUUAUUCUGAAUAUGAAAGCAGUAAAUAUGAAGUUUUUAAAUCAACAGAAAUCUCAAAUCACAAUAAUCAGUUUCAACAACCACAACAAGUUUUAGAAGCUUAUAAUAAAAACAUUGCAGAAAAAAUUGAAGUUGAGUCUUUUAUUCAGAAUUGCGAAAAUAAUGUUAAAAAAAUGUCGUAUUAUAUUAAAGAAUUAAGCACAUCAGAUCGUGAAAAAUUAAAAGAACUCUAUCGAAUGUCUUUACAUUAUUUGGAAGAAAAGUGAACAUAAUCAUAAGUUUUUCAUUUUGUAUAAAAAAUGAAAACAUAGAAUUUAUGCUUUUAUUAUUUUAAUAUAUUUUUUUUAUAAUGUAAAUAAUUGAAGUUUUUAAUAUUAUAAGUAAGAGGUUCAAAUAAGUCAUUAGGUUAAUGUGAAGCUUUUAGGGAUCCAAUCUUUUUUUCUGUUCAUUUUGGUGUCAAGUGAGGAUAAAUAGUCUAAAAUGGCAUUAUUUAAAAUAUAUAUCAAUAUGUUUGAAAUUGACAUUAAGUUGUUUUAUUCAUUUUGGGAAAUUUUUCGAAGAAACAACUAUUGUUUUAUAACAAAAAAUUUUUUUUGGUAAAAUCUUUGAUCUUGUUUAAUAAUGGUAAAAUAGUUCAAAUUAAUAAUUUAAAAGCCUAAUUUUUCUUACAAUUGGAAUUAUGGUGUUGAUUUUUUUUUUCUUCCUAUGUUUUACUUUACUGCUAUUUACUAAAUGAUAAAUCUUCUUUUCUUACAAAAUUAAAUGUUUUUUUGCUAAUUUUAGUGGUUAGAGCAUCAUUUGACACUAGUAUGAACAUUUAAGUUUAAAUCUUUUUUCUCAAUUUGAUUUUGUAAUUUUAAUCUUAUAAGCAUUUUUUUCUUUUUUUUUGUUUUGCUAUCUUUUUAAAAGUGUUUAGGUUUAAUCACACAAGUUCUUUUUAAUUUUUUUUUUGAAAAAUCUUAUGCAUGAUUGAGAAUUUUAUACAGCAAUAUGUAUGAUUUAUAUGCAUGAUAUGUAUUAUAUACAGUGAUAGGUAUGAUAUCUUAUACAUAUCAUAUGUAUAUAUCGUACAUGUGUAUAUCAUACCAUAUGAUAUAUUGUAUAUAUCAUAUGGUAUGAUAUACAGCGCUAUGUAUGAUUCUUAUACAUUUCAUAUGUUUGAUAUACAGUGAUAUGUACAAUAACUUAUACAUAUCAUACGUAUACACAUAUCAUAUGAUAUGAUAUACAUGAUGUAUGAUAUACAGCGAUAUGUAUGAUUAAUAGCAUGAUAUAAUAAGAGUUUUACUUAGGGUGAAUUUUUUUAUCUAUAGUGUAUUUUGUAAAUAGUUGUAUAUAUUUUUUAUAUAAUGCAAAUAUAUUUUGUACGAGCCCAUCUGCAAAACACGCUAAGUCACAAAAAUAAAAAUAUUGAGAUACUUCUAUUUCCACAUUUUAUGUACUAAAAUCUAUUAUCUAUUUAAUUAUUAGAUUAAUUAAAAAUUUUUGGUUUAAAAAAUGGACAAAGAAAUUAUCAAUUUCUGUUGAUGCGCAACUAUGGGUAGUUAAGUUUUUUGUUGUUUUCUCAAAAUCAGUUUACUCAGUAAAUCUACGCGUUUUGCAAAUGGGCUCGUAUG